CUUUAGUGAACCCAAGUGUGACUGCUCACAGCUGUGAGAAACCUGAUCGGACUAUACAAUGACAGAGCCUUUUAUCAGGCAUGUUCAGCUUCUCGGCUUUGAAAAAAGAUUCUCCCCCAGCCAGCAUUAUGUUUACAUGUUCAUGGUUAAAUGGCAGGAUCUUACAGAGAAGCUUGUGUACAGAAAAUAUACAGAUAUUUAUGAAUUUCAUAAAGCAUUGAAGGAAAUGUUUCCUAUUGAGUCUGGAGAUAUAAACAAAGAACACAGGACAAUUCCUCACUUGCCAGCACCAAAAUGGUUUGAUGGCCUGAGGUCCACAGAGAACCGACAAGUCACACUGGCGGAUUAUUUCUCCUCUUUACUCAAUCUACCACCUAAGAUAUCGCGAUGCCCUCAUGUUCUUAACUUUUUUAAAGUCAGACCUGAUGAUGUUAACCCUGCAGCAAGCAACAAUGGUCGAAAGCCUGAAACUUUCUUGUUGAAGACAGAUAACACAAAGAAAAAUGUGUCAGAUAUAACUGGCCCUAUUGUUCUACAAUCAUACCGAGCCAUCGCAGACUAUGAAAAGAAUUCUAAGACUGAGCUGGCUCUGAAGACUGAUGAUGUUGUCGACGUGGUGGAAAAAAAGGAGAAUGGUUGGUGGUUCUGUCAGAUGAAGAACAAGCGGGGAUGGGUUCCAGCUGCUUAUCUGGAACCACUUGACAGCCCUGAUGAGUCUGAAGAACAAGAUCCAAACUAUGAAGGGGAACUGCAUGUAACCACACAAGAAUAUACAGGAGAUUUAGAGGAUGAGUUAUCUGUGCAAGAAGGAGAAACUAUUGAAGUAAUCCACAAGCUCCUUGAUGGUUGGUGGGUUGUAAGGAGAGGCAGCAAAACUGGCUACUUUCCUGCAAUGUACCUCCAAAAGUCUGGAGAUGCUCCUACUGCAGAUGGAAGUCAGAAAAAAGGCUUGCCACCCCGGAGGAAAACAAUAUCAAGCGCUAAUAGUAUCCACAAGCAAAAACGUAAAGAAAUUAGCCAAGAAACUUACAGAAGAAAUAGCAAAAAAUAUCUGAAAAAACGACAAUCUUCUACUGAUGUUCUGAAAUCUACGACCAUUGAGGAACAAAAUGAAGAUGAAAAUAAAGCUAAAGCCCAACCAGCAAUCCCACCAAGACCCAGUAAAGAGCUCAUCCUCGAUAAAUGUUCAGAACAUACAAAAAACAAGAUCCAAACAGUCAACUAAAAGAACUGUCUGAUGAAGCAUUCAUUUUUGGGCAGGGAUCAACACCUAGUAAUGAUGAAAGAACCUAAACAGCUACAGAGAAAAAAACUUCAACUGGUGCCAGAAGGUUAAACAGAUUUGUAAAUGACUUCUAUUUAAAAAUCUUAACCCUUUCAGUACUUAUCGGAUCCUGUAUGUUUCAGAGGAAGUUAUUUUCUUUUUGAAUUUCCUUUCUGUCUGACCACAGUGCUCUCUGCUGACACCUUUGUCCAUUUUAGGAACUGUCUGGAGCAGGAGAGGUUUGCUAUGGGAUUUGUUCCUACUCUAAACAGUUCCUAAAAUGGACAGAGGUGCCAGCAGUGAGCACUGUGGUCAGACAGCUCUGAAACAGAGCUGAUAAGUACUAGAAGAGUUAAGAUUUUUAAAUAGAAGUAAUUUAUAAAUCUGUAAACUUUUGUUUAACUUUCUGGCACCAGUUGAUUAAAAAACAAAUUUUUUCCAGUGGAGUAUCCCUUUUAGGGUCUAUUCACACAUGCAGUAUCCUGCACAUAUUUGAUGAGCAGGAUUUGAAGCUGCAGAUUUUAAUGUAAAGUAAAUGACUGAACACAGCAUCAAAUCUGCAGUUUCAAAUCCUGUGCAUCAAAUAUGCGUAGGAUACUGUAUGUGUGAAUACAACCUAAAGGGGUACUCCGGGGAAUUGAGGUUGAUAGGGGAUAUCCUGGAUAGGUGGAUGUCGUGUGAAUAGGGGAUAAGUUCAGUUCCCCCCGAGUACCCCUUUAUAUUGAGGUUGAUAAGAUAUGUGAUGUGAACUCCCAUUUCAAUUUUUAGUUUUUAGAUUUUAAGCUUCUUGUUUCAAAUCAUGUUCACCUUAAAAUGUACUUAUCUUUCCAUAGAUUUUUUUAAAAACCUGCAUGUUUGUGUUAGAUUAACCCUUCAGAUUGGUGACAUGGUGGUUAUAGCACUUUUGCUGCAGUUCAAGACCAGCAAAUAUUCCCCUUUAUCUUGCACAGCUAUAUUUCAUUCUCUACAUUUCAGGGCCCAAAGCUAGUAUUACUCCCUUUUCCUCACUUCUCUAGCCAAUCACAGCACAACAUAUUACAUACUCCUCCGUGAGAUAGUGCUAGUGAAAGUGCACUGAACAGACUUGUACUGUGCUGGGCAGAUGAUUAAAGCAGUACAAUACUACAUGGCAUGUGCCCAGAGAAGGGAUUACUAAUGCACUUUUUGAGUUUUGCAAGAUGCUGUGGAAGCAGGAAGGUAAGAAACAGCAGCAGAAUCACAGUAAGGAAAGAGUUGCACUGUGCACUAAACUGCUACUAUAGCUGCUGCUGAAAAGUUAAAAGGGUACUUCGGCACUAAGACAUAUUAUCCCCUAUCCCGUGAUCUUACACGCAGCCCCCCGUUACAAUCAGUCCCCGGAGCAUGUUCGCUCUGAUUACUGGCAAUCACGGGGCCGGAGCAUUGUGACAUCAAGCUCCGCCCCCUCAAUGCAAGCCUAUGGGAGAGGGUGUAACAGCUGUCAUGCUCCCUCCCAUAGGCUUGCAUUGAGGGGGCGGAGCGUGACGUCACACAGGGGCGGAGCCGUGACAUCACAAUGCUCCGGCCCUGUGUUCGCCAGUAAUCAGACCCGGAGAGAACAUGCUCUGGUGACUGAUUGUAAUGGGGUGCUGUGUGUAAGAUCACGGGGGCCCCAGCGGCGGGCCCCCCACGAUCAGGCAUCUUAUCCCCUAUCCUUUGGAUAGGGGAUAAGAUGUCUUAGCGCCGGAGUACCCCUUUAAGGGAGGGAGGAGGCGGAGAUUACACUGCAGCACUGUGGACAUACAGCAGUAGAUACACUUUUAUUUACACAAGGGAUAGCUGCUUUGAUUUUUAUGGGUGGUAAGAGAUGAAAUGGAAGCGUUGAUUUACCUUUGAGAAAAAGUAUGCAUUAUCUUCAGCAGGCAGACGGGCUCAGCUUGCAGAUACAUAUUCCAGGUUUUUUUAGGCUCUCUAACUAUCUUCUGCACGUAACACACGGUAAAUGUUACCUUUACUUCCUGUAUAUUGUCUUGAUCUGACUGUGAUACAAAUAUCCCCUGAUAACAGGCAGUGUACAGCAGAUUACAGAGAAGUGAGACACCUCAUGGCCAAGACUUUAGAGCUGUUAUUUAUUUUUUUGGGGGGUAAAUUUGGGUAAAUUAAGUGAUUGACAAAAAGGUUAAGAAUCACAUAGGCUAUCAGAUGGAGGGAAGUUGUUUGAAACGACAAUGACCAUUUAAAGAAGACCUGUUAUCAGACUCUUUGUUCCCUAAACAUGCACAGGCUCCCUCAAGCUAUGUUUUACUUAUUUUUUUUUUACUAUGGUGAGGUGUUCCAGAUAAAUAGUUUUAAGGUAUAUUCACAAGUGCGUAUUUUUGCUGCAGAUUUGCUGCUGCAGAUUUUGCCGCCCAUUGACUUCAAUGGGCAGAAAAACCUUCUGACUCAAAUCUGCUUCAGAACUGCAGCAAAAAUAUGCACGUGUGAACGCACCCUUAAAAAGGGCCAGGCUUGGAGAGAAAUGUUCAUUGGACUUCUCCUCUUUGGCUCCUUCCUUGCUUCAUUUGAUUGAUAAACAUGAACCUACUGACAGGUCCCCUCUACAAUGGAUUGACCAGGAUUAGGAUCAUAUUCAGUAUGGGAAAAUCAUUCUGGGGUUGUACAGUUUUUAUAAUCCUGAUGCAAUAAACAUUUUUAUUUUAUAGAAAUCAAUGUCAGUUUUCAUUUUGCAAUAAAAAAUAAAUAAAAAAAAGAUAGUAACUGUUUACAGCGGAGAUGCCAUCCUAUUGUAACUACUUUUAAAAAGUAGCAAGGUCAUUAUAAAAGAAA